AUGGAUCUAUAUAUCGAGGCUUCAACACCGACUGAGACAGGUCCAAUUCCAACAUACACAAUAGACCUUGAUCUCCCGUCUCGCCAGCGCUAUGUGCAGCUCGCAACAGACUUCGGUCCCAAAAUGCGUGCUCUAGUUCCCUUACUUGAUGAGGUGUUAGAGUGGCUACUUCCAUUCAAGGCCCUCCGUCUUUUGUUCAAAUAUCUCGCAUCGAUCUUGCUACGACGAGUACAUUCGGAAGAAGAGACAGAAGAGCUGAGAGGUAUGUGUGAUGUUACUGGGGUAGACAUGUUUGUCUUUGUUGCCGUAAAUGUGUUGCUUGACUCUAUGCUGGGUUGUACUAGUGGAGCUGUUUUGGUUGAAGAAGAUGGGCCGAGGCCUCCGACAAUGAUGCAUUUUAGGACGCUAGAUUGGGGAAUGGAUGGGUUGAGAAAUCUACUUGUUACUUUGGAGUUUGUGAGAUCAAAAUCUCCUGAGCCCAAGAAGGUUAUCGCGAGGUCAAUUACAUAUGCUGGCUUCGUAGGCGUGUUGACCGGAGUCAGAAAAGACCUCUCGGUAUCUUUCAACUUUCGUGGGGUUCAUAGAUGUUCAAGUGCGCGUCUUCGCUAUCACCAACUUCUUGUUCUCUUAGGCUUCCGUCCCUCAAUAGCCUCAUACCUCCGCAAGACUAUGUUCCCAGAAGACCCUUCUGUCACGCUGGCCACAAUUAGUUCAGGCUUGCAAAAAAUAACGUCUUCGCCAUGUUACAUAAUACUGUGUUCCGGUACGCAAACUGACGUGAUAGAACGCGAUCUCGUCACCUCACGGAUCCGAAGCGAUGAUCAAUUCAUCGUCCAUACAAACCACGACGAAACGAUACCUUCUGUGUCUGUUUCGUCGAUGGAUGUCAUAAAACCGGAGGCCCUUUAUGUAGUAGCCGCCCUAAAAGAGUUCAUGGAAGACUCCAAACAUCGCGCGGUUUGUUUUGCUGAUAGGUGGGCUGCUCUCAAGGGUUUGCGCGAAAACGCAAUUAGCCAAGUAGAAAAUGAUUCGAAGCCAAAAGAAAACAAGAUAAGUAUGUCGAUAGAACUUUUGGUGGAAUGGGUAAAAACCUAUCCCACUAUGAAUGAAUGCUCGCAUUUUGGUUGCAUCUUGGAUCCAAGCACUGGGACAGUCAAGAUGUUGGAGAGGGAAGGGUUCGGUGAUCCAGAGGACGUGACCGAUGAAGAUUCGGAGGAUGAUGAAGACGAGAAUGAGGACGAAGACGAAGAUCAAGAUCAAGAUAGAGUUGAAAAGGAGAAUGCAGAUGAAGUUGUAGAUGAAAGGAAAGGUGAUGAUGAUGAAUAUGUAGAUGAAAGCGAGGGUAAGGAUCAAGACUAG